AUGGCCGACUCAUUAAAUGAUCCUUCGAAGACGCAAUGGCUGAAGGGCAAUGCAACUGGCACUCGGGAUUCAACUAACGGCAAUGGCCCUACGUCGCGCAGCAGCAUGCUCAAAGAUCCUGGAGAUAGGCGAUGUGAGGUUAAACAAGGAAAGCCUGAGGUCGAGGAUACAACGGAUAAGAGCCAUGGCCUUACAGCGGCAGUUGUUCAGACGACUAUUCCAGUGUGGCUGAAUAUUGGCAUCAUGGUGUCCUUGAUAUUUGGCGGAGACUACCCAGAAUCUGGGGUGCUGAUAACAUUUACUCAAUUCGCUUUCACUGCGUUCUUCACCCUUCCCAAUGUCUUCUCAUUCUCCGCCGGGCCCCGAUCAUUCUUCCUUGCGCCUCGGAAAGUCCCUCUAAGAUCUUGGGUGAUAUAUACCGCUUACUUCCUCUCUGUAAACGUCAUCAACAACUUCGUCUUCGCAUUCAGGAUCUCAGUCCCGCUUCAUAUCAUCAUCCGAAGCGGCGGCCCCGUGGCGUCGAUGAUAAUCGGCCACUUAUAUAAUUCUAAGACAUACACAAGAACUCAGAUCCUGGCAGUAGUAUUGCUUACAGCUGGGGUGGUAUGUGCCGCGCUGGCGGACGCCAGUGCCAAGGGCAAAUCUCUAGAUAUCGCGCUCAGCACGGGGAAGGAUGACGGCCCUGCAUUGCUGACCAGUUUAACUGGAUUUGCGCUUCUUGGGCUUGCAAUGGUCCUUGGUGCCUUUCAAGGUGUCUACGCGGACUGCUUGUUUGAAACUUAUGGCCGCAAAAGCUGGCGCGAAUCGCUUUUUUACGCCCAUUCUCUCUCCCUCCCAUUUUUCAUUCCGUACUAUUCAAAACUCAUAUCCCAGUUGAGAGUAAUAUUCGCAUCUCCGUCCGUCCUAACCUCUCUCUCUGCUACGUCCAUGCUCGCAAACACCACAUCCAGCGCCCUCACACAGCGCCCUUCUACAGCGGCAAUUACGACUGUAGCUUUUCUUUCUACGGGAAGUUUUCUAAGCCCUGCAAUAUCCUAUCUUCGCACCCUAUCCGAGCAGUCCCUAGUUUUCCGAUUUUUUUGUCAAACGCCCAUAAAAGUAGUAUACCUAAUACUCAACGGCCUAACGCAAUAUGUUUGCAUCCGCGGAGUGCAUCUUCUCUCUGCAAAUUCAUCUUCUUUGACAGUUACUGUGGUGCUUAACAUUCGAAAACUAGUCUCGCUAAUUCUGUCUGUAUACGUAUUCGGGAAUGUACUUGUAAGUGGAGUAUUAGUAGGUGCGGUAUUGGUGUUUGCUGGUGGGGGGUUGUAUGGGUAUGAAGGGGCAAGAUUAAGGCGGGAGAUGAAAGCAAAGACAAAAAGGCAAUGACAUGAGUCUGCCACUUUCUAACACAUGGCUUUUUUUGGGACCCUUUUAUUCUGUUUAGAAUAGUUGCUUUUUUUUGCUUCGACUCGGUUUUCUUUUGGGAUAUGUCCCAGGCUACCACUAUUAAUUUACAUACUGAGAAUCCUUCUUAUACGUUAAUCUAAUGCAUGAUAAUCUCUACCCG